AUGUGCCUCAUAAAUGAACCUGCUCGUUUAAUCAAAAAUUUAUUAAUUACAAACGAUAACAUGGCAAAAGCCUGGGAAAUUUUGGUAGAUCGGUACGAAAACCGCCGGUUGUCAAUCGACACUCAGCUUGCAGUUUUAUUUAGUUCAAAAUCCCUGAAAAGUGAAUCAUCAGUCGAGCUUAAACGAUUUUUAGGAGAGAUUAAAGAAGCAUUAGGUGCCUUGGAAGCAUUAAAUUGUUCUGUUGAACAUUGGGACAAUCUCCUAGUUUAUUUAUUUACAAGAAAGCUUGAUUCAGACUCAAUUAAAGAAUGGGAAAAAGUUAUUGGAGGUUAUCUUGAACCCCCAUCUUAUGUAGAAUUUGAAAAAUUUCUUUUCAACCGCUUGAGAGCUCUUGAGUCAAUUGAAAAAUUCUCAUUUAUUAGAAAGCCUCUUCAAAGUUCAGUUCAGAAAGGUAUUGUAAAAUCUUAUAAUGCAACUCCCUAUAAUGCAAGUUGCGCAAUGUGUAACGCAAAUCAUUACUUGUCGAUGUGUCAGCAAUACCUUUCAAAAACACCCAUUCAACGAUCAGAUUUUAUCAAAUCAAAAAAUCUGUGCUUCAAUUGUCUCGGACCGCAUUUGAGAAAAAAUUGUCGAAAUAUUAAACGAUGCAAACUAUGUAAUAAAAACCAUCAUACGAGCUUACAUGAUUCAAAGCCUUCUAUCAAUACCUCAACUCAAGUAAAAGAUUCAGAUCCUAACCAAAUCGAUCAAAACACGCCAAGUUGUUCUAACAUGCAACGUUCUGCUUCAGCAUCUAGUCACCUGAUCAACUCUCAUCAUAUUAACACCCCAGUACUUUUAGCUACUGCGAUGAUUGGGAUAUUUUCCGAAACGGGCGAAUCAGUAACUGUGAGAGCGUUGAUAGAUCAGGGUUCAGAAGUCUGUUUUAUAUCAGAGUCUUUAGUUCAAAGGCUGAAUUUACCUCGAAAAACAGCAUCGAUACCAAUUUCCGGAGUUGGGUCUCAACGCACGAUCAUGUCUCACGGGUCCGUAAGAAUAAAUUUAUUUUCUAAAAUAAAUAAUCAAACAACAUUUAAUGAUGAAGCGUUAAUCUUGCCUAAAUUAACUUCAUACUUGCCAAAAAAACGUUCAAUAAAUCUAGACUUCAAUCUUGAUUCAUUAAAUUUGGCCGAUCCUGAAUACAGCUCAACGACUAAAAUUGAAUUAAUUUUGGGAGUCAGUAUUUACUCAAGAAUCAUUGAAAUCGGUAUUAUUAAAAAUAUUGACGGUUCGUUGGUUGCCCAACAGACAAGUUUGGGUUGGAUUAUUUCGGGAAUUCUCUCAGACCAACAAGUAACAGAUAAUAGUCGUUACGGAUUCAAUUGUUCCAUUGAUCACGAGCUGCUCGAAGUCAUGCAAUCAUUCUGGAAACAGGAAGAAUAUCAAACUCAAUUACCUUAUGCGUCAUCAGAGGAGUACGAAUGUGAAGAACAUUUUAAAAAUACUCAUGAUCGUGAUAUUUCCGGUAGAUUUGUUGUUCGAUUACCGUUUCGAAAGCCUCCGAAAGAGCUUGGAAAUUCGCUUGACAUAGCGCUUAAGUCAUUCAAUCGGUUAGAGUUACGAUUCGCUAAAAAUGAAAAAUUAAAAACGGAAUACAGCAAAUUUAUGAAAGAAUACCUCGAUCUCGACCAUAUGCGCCAAAUUACUUCUUGCUUAGAUCAACCACAUUUUUAUCUACCUCAUCAUGGAGUAAUACGUGAAUCUAGUACAACAACAAAACUCAGAGUUGUUUUCAAUGGUUCUCAAAAAUCGUCUUCGGGUUUGUCUUUGAAUGAUUGUCUAAAUGUUGGACCGAAACUGCAGACGGAAUUAGUUGAUGUACUUUUACGCUGGAGGCGACAUCCGAUUGUGUUUGCCUGCGAUCUGGAGAAAAUGUAUCGCCAGAUUCGAGUACAUCAGGAUGAUUGGCCCUUUCAGCAAAUCCUAUGGCGUGAAAAGCCAUCCGAUGAAUUAAAAACUUAUCAACUCUGUACGGUGACUUAUGGAUUAUCAAGUGCUCCGUAUUUAGCAUUGAAAUGUAUUAAACAAUUAGCUGAAGAAAAUCAAGAAAAGUUUCCUCAAGGGUUUGAAGUUCUUCGUUACAACACAUAUGUUGAUGACAUACUUUCAGGCGCUGAAACUGCUGAAGAAGCACAUGAAAUCAUAUAUCAGCUAAAUACAGUAUUGAAAAUGGGCGGAUUUACAGCCAGAAAGUGGAUAUCGAAUGAAACAGAUGUAUUGAAUAUCAUACCUUCAAAAUUACUUGCUGAAACCUCAACUUGUGAAUUUAAGGAAAAUCACGCUAUUCACACAUUGGGCUUGUUGUGGGAUAACCAUAAAGACGAAUUUUUAUUUAAAUGUAAUUCUUUCCAUAACGAAACCGACCAAGUAACAAAACGAAAUGUUUUAUCUUUCAUUGCACGUUUGUAUGACCCUCUUGGUUGGCUUUCCCCUUUGAUCACAUCGGCCAAAGUAUUGAUGCAGGAAUUAUGGAUACAACAUCUUGACUGGGAUGAUAUUCUUCCAUUAGAACUGAAAAUUCGUUGGAAUAAUUUAAGAAAAGAAUUCAAUAAAAUCAAUACGAUCCGCAUACCGCGAUGGAUCGGAACGUCCAGUCGAGCAACCUCAAUUGAACUUCACGGUUUCGCGGACGCGUCCACCAUUGCUUACGAAGCAGUGUUAUAUCUUCGCGUUUCAAUUCAGAAUGAAUUGCGCGUAUCAAUUUUAGUGUCAAAGUCUAAAGUAUCACCUCUUAAACGCGUAACAAUUCCGCGAUUAGAAUUAUGCGCCGCGGUCUUACUCGUGCGAUUGUUAAAAAGAGUGCAAUCGGUCUUAAAACUUUGUGAACAUUCAAUUUACUUAUGGACUGAUUCAACAGUAGUGCUAUCAUGGAUUCGCGGCCAUCCUUCUCGAUGGAAAGACUAUGUAAGAAACCGGGUUACUGAAAUACAUGAGGUGUCGGGAGUACACUGGAACUACGUGCCAGGUGAGGACAAUCCAGCGGACCUAGUUUCGCGAGGGGUCACGAUGAUGAAACUUCAAUCCAAUUCGUCUUGGUGGUCCGGACCCUGUUGGCUCAUGUAUCCAUCAACUCAGUGGCCAAAAGAAUCUCCAAGUCCUCCUAGUCAAGUCGAUCUUGAGCAACGUGUCACAAUUCCAGUUUCCAACUCAGCCAUUCGGAAGAACCAGGGCUGGGAUUUAAAAAAUAAGUAUUCUUCGUUAACAAGACUCCUAAGAGUGACUGCAUGGUGCGCAAGAGUGUUUGACAAAAAUAAUCUUCUUUCGAGUGUUUCAGGAGUUUUAUCAGCAGAUGAAUUAAAUCGAGCAUUACUAUUUUGGGUUAAAGAAUGCCAAAAUUUAGAGUUUGCUGAAGAACUUAUUCUACUAAGAUCGAAGCGGACCAUCACUCGUACCAGUUCUCUCUAUCGUUUGAACCCUUUCCUUGAUGGGGAUGGAUUUUUGCGGAUAACAGGCCGACUUCAGUUUUCUAAUUUGGAUUACGAUGAAAAGCAUCCUAUUAUCUUGCCGAAGUUUUCUACAAUCACUACAUUAAUCAUCGAUUAUUACCACAAAACCACAUUGCAUGGUGGUGUACAGCUCACGUUAGCUUCAAUUAGACGUCGAUUUUGGAUCAUUGGUGGUCGAGUUUCCGUUAAGUCACUGAUUCAUCGUUGUAUGAUUUGCGCUCGACAACGUGUGGUAACGAGCCAACAACUUAUGGGCCAACUUCCCUCCCCACGAGUUAACCAAUCGAGACCUUUUCUUCAUACUGGCGUUGAUUAUGCUGGACCGUUUUUUCUCCGAAAAAAGGGUUGGGUUAGGUUAGUCGCGAAUGAGAACUCGGCGAGGACGGGUGCGUUACGCGAGCUCGAUACUGAGAGUUUCUUCUGA